CUUAAAGCCAUCAGCGCCCCACUGCGGAAUUCGAAGCUAAGCUGGUCACAAUUGUUAACACCUUCUUUGACCAGCCUUUUUAUAUUUGACAAUUAUUCUCUUCUCUUUCUUGCCUGUAGGAAGGUCCUGCUGCCUUCGUUUUAGGGAGUCCCCUAUACGGCGAACAGCCCCUUCCCGUGCAGAAGCCGGGGGACGAUUUCCAUCCGCUCGUCCGCCCUGCAGGAUGCCGGUGCAGCUGACGACAGCACUGCGUGUGGUGGGCACCAGCCUGUUUGCCCUGGCAGUGCUGGGUGGCAUCCUGGCAGCCUACGUGACAGGCUACCAGUUCAUCCACACAGAGAAGCACUACCUGUCCUUUGGCCUGUACGGCGCCAUCCUGGGCCUGCACCUGCUCAUCCAGAGCCUGUUUGCCUUCCUGGAGCACCGGCGCAUGCGGCGGGAUGGCCGGCCACUGAAGCUGGCCUCCCCACGACAGCGCUCAGUGGCACUCUGCAUCGCUGCCUACCAGGAAGACCCCGACUACUUGCGCAAGUGCCUGCGCUCGGCCCAGCGCAUUGCCUUCCCCGACCUCAAGGUGGUCAUGGUGGUAGAUGGCAAUCGCCAGGAGGACGCCUACAUGCUGGACAUCUUUCAUGAGGUGCUGGGCAGCACUGAGCAAGCUGGCUUCUUUGUGUGGCGCAGCAACUUCCAUGAGGCGGGUGAAGGCGAGACAGAAGCCAGCCUGCAGGAGGGCAUGGACCGGGUGCGGAACUUGGUGCGGGCCAGCACCUUCUCCUGCAUCAUGCAGAAGUGGGGAGGCAAGCGCGAGGUCAUGUACACGGCCUUCAAGGCCCUUGGUGAUUCAGUGGACUACAUCCAGGUGUGUGACUCUGACACAGUACUGGACCCUGCCUGCACCAUCGAGAUGCUUCGAGUCCUGGAGGAGGAUCCCCAAGUAGGGGGAGUCGGGGGAGAUGUUCAAAUCCUCAACAAGUAUGAUUCGUGGAUCUCCUUCCUGAGCAGUGUGAGGUACUGGAUGGCCUUCAAUGUGGAGCGGGCCUGCCAGUCCUACUUUGGCUGUGUGCAGUGUAUUAGUGGGCCCUUGGGCAUGUACCGUAACAGCCUCCUCCAGCAAUUCCUGGAGGACUGGUACCAUCAGAAGUUCCUAGGCAGCAAGUGCAGCUUUGGGGAUGACCGGCACCUCACCAACCGAGUCCUGAGCCUUGGCUACCGGACUAAGUAUACAGCACGCUCCAAGUGCCUCACAGAGACUCCUACUAAGUACCUCCGGUGGCUCAACCAGCAGACCCGCUGGAGCAAGUCUUACUUCCGAGAGUGGCUCUACAACUCUCUGUGGUUCCAUAAGCACCACCUCUGGAUGACCUACGAAUCCGUGGUCACAGGUUUCUUUCCCUUCUUCCUCAUCGCCACAGUCAUACAGCUUUUCUAUCGUGGCCGCAUCUGGAACAUUCUCCUCUUCCUACUGACGGUGCAGCUGGUGGGCAUUAUCAAGGCUACCUAUGCCUGUUUUCUUCGGGGCAAUGCAGAAAUGAUCUUCAUGUCCCUCUACUCCCUUCUCUAUAUGUCCAGCCUCCUGCCAGCCAAGAUCUUUGCCAUUGCUACCAUCAACAAGUCUGGCUGGGGCACCUCUGGCCGAAAAACCAUUGUGGUGAACUUCAUUGGUCUUAUCCCUGUGUCCAUCUGGGUGGCAGUUCUUCUUGGGGGGCUGGCCUAUACAGCUUAUUGCCAGGACCUGUUCAGUGAGACGGAGCUAGCCUUCCUUGUUUCUGGGGCCAUCCUAUAUGGCUGCUACUGGGUGGCCCUCCUCAUGCUGUAUCUGGCCAUCAUCGCCAGGCGAUGUGGGAAGAAGCCAGAGCAGUACAGCUUGGCUUUUGCUGAAGUGUGACACAGCCACCAAGCACAGCGGGAGAAGUGCAAUGGGUAAGGGAGGGAAGGGAAUGGAAGAGAAAAGAUGGGGUGGGAGGGAGGAGGGAGUACUGUGUUUUAGUUUCUUAAUGGUCCAAUGGACCAAUCUGAAAUGCAAAGAAUGGUGACUAUAGUAUGGCUUGGGCAGCUCUUCUUAGAGGAGGCAACACUGAUUGCCCAGGCUCAGGGCAGAGGGGGCUCGUAUGUUUUCAGUCUACCUGUCUGCUUGCUUCUGCACACAGGUGGUAGUCUCUAGGAAAGAUUCUACUUCCCUGGGAUCCAGAAGGACCUCUGAAGUGUGCUAAACCAAACAAGUUCCUUUCAGUGGCAACUUCUGAUAGGUAUAUGAGCAAUGAUAGCCAGUGGGAAAGGGUUCUAGCCCAUCCGAAUACAGCCAGUGGUGGUGGGAGAGUUUGUACGGCAAGAUCUGGGUCAGCUGGUGUUCCCCCCUUCCCCAACUAGUCAUCAAUGCAAUAAGAUUACGCCUGAGAUACAAGGCUCAGAAGCCUGAUCUUUGGGCAUCAGGAAACAGGGUCCAGGAAUGGUGCUUUAUGUAACGUAUCCCACUCCACAUCUCAAUAUCUCAGAGAUGAGCCAAACCAACAGGGAGUUAGCACUGAACUGCUUUUAAAACUGUGUACUAAAAAGGAAAGUAUUCCAGGAGGAACAAAGAGAUCAUGGUGGUUCUCAAGACCAUGGGCUAUAUGGAGGUCUUGGGCUGAAUGUGUUCCAUCUGGAAAUUGCUCAGACUUCUAGCUGGAGUCUUAGCUUGUCUGUGAUCUCUGCUGGAGGGAGAAAAUGUUUUAGCCAUCUACCAGGGAAGAUUAAACCCCAACAUGUUCAGAAAGGAAGUGAAGUCUUGGUGAUUUCUGUAUACUCCUUGAUUCUUCUCAAAUUCAGCUCUGAGGCUAAGACAGCAUCCUCACGUCACUUUCUUCAAAGGCACAUUUUUUCAGGGUAUAACUGCAGUCACCUCUUCCACCCUCAUCAUCAUGGGUAAGUUUUCCAAGGUGGCAGUUGGGACAGAGCCUGGUCUCUUAUAAGACCCUCUGCAGUAGGCAAGCCUGCUCUCAGCACAUAAGGAAAACUAUGAGGAGCCUCUGAUCAAAUUGGCUACAAUCUUAGAACUGCUUGGACAGAUUCCUUGGCAGCUGUUUAGCGUGCAUGACUUGGAGGCUACUGUUUUUGACAAUCAUCUCCAAUGGAUAGCUUUUCAGUGUUCCCAAAGUGAACUCUCAAAUCCAAGCUGGUCGUCUUUGAGACUGUCCGUUAUCCUCAGUGGCUUCUCCAGGGAACUGUUACACAGCCAGGUUGUGGAUAGUCACUACUGUAUUUGCUUGCUUCUUUCCAGAAACCAAACUAGGAGAUGAAAUUGGUUCCUAUAUCCUGAGGUUCCUGCUUUUUCUCUUCCGCCUCUUGAGGCUGUUUGAUUUCCCUCUGCUGCUUUGGGGAGUGAGGGGAAGCCAUUGUCUAAUGAUCUGCAAUCCACGGACUGUUCUCAGCUUUUGGGUUUGAAACCUGGGAUUUCAACUAAGCCUUUGGCUUAAGGGCUGCUUACUUGCUGUCUCCAACCAUCCAUUCUCAGAGGGGCCAGCUAACUCCCAGAACCAGCACUAUGGUGGACAGCAUUAAAGGGAGCAAGCCUCUAGUGUACCCAGGUGCUUCCUACAAAGGAACAAAGUGUGCUCUGAGCCACAGGUGGGCAAACCCUGGUGAUUUCCUUCAUCUCCCACGAACUUGAGGGUUUUCCAGGUGUAGGCAACAGCUGCCACAUCACACAGACCUCAAGUUUCUGAUAAGACUGCUGGUUGAUAUCAGGCCCAAGCCAUGAAGGUUGGGAAGCAGCAGCCAUUUGCUAAAGGCGGUUGUUCCAGGCUCUUCCGUGUUUCUGCUGGCCAAGAAGUAAACUAUUUUGAGCACUACAAUGGAGGAAAUCCGGUCAGCCAACUGCAGAGCUCAGACUUCACUAAGGGCUUGUUUUUUCUUCAGCUUUUACUUGAAGGUUAAUGUAGGAUGAUGGAGUCUGGAUGGAGAACUGGCUGGCCUACCAUCAGCUCUGCUUUGCAUUGUGUUCAUUAACUCUCUUCAGAUCAAAAGCAGACAGGUACAGCUAGUGGGCUCACAACAUUUGACCUCGACUGGUUUUUCUAAGUUAUUUUGUAUAUUUUUCAGCAGCAAAACCAAACUGGGUCUUCAGCUUUAUCCCCGUUUCUUGCAAGGGAAGAGCCUUUAUACAAUUGGACACAUUUUGGUUUUCCCUCAUUGAGUUUUUAACUCUUUUGUAUUGUUUCUACAAUAAUUUGUAAACAUAUUUAUUUUUACCUGUUUUUUUUUUUUUUACUUUUCAGGUCAAAUUUUUUAUACUGCACUUAUUUGUCAAAAUAAAGAUUCUCACAUAAUGCUGAUAUCUC